AUGAGCUCCGACGCCGUUGGCUCCGGAACGCCGCCGCGCUCGGCGCGCGUACAGACGCCCCCCGCUCCUCGCUACGGAUUUCAUGACAGCUGGGAGCCUUACGCACCUCGCAAGUCGGCGAGGAUCUCAUCUCAGCGCGCCUCCAACCGCACUCCCUCACCAUCUCCACCUCGACACCGCCGUCAACCAGCAUCCCCAGGCACGGCAAAGAGACCCAUCGGCCGAAGCAACGUGGCCACAAUCUCACCAGCUCUGUCGCCGCGGAAGAAGUCGCAGCCUGCGAUCGACCCAUCACGAACGAUUUCGGGCUCCCUGACCGCCGAAGGAACAGCCAACGCUGCAGCUGCCCUCGGACUGGAUAGCGCCAAAGCUGCACAGGCGGCCCCAACGGCUUCCAUCUCUCGUGCCACCGGCAUGCUGCCCACUCCAUCCAAAACUCCGCAAAAGCGGCCGAAUGAGAAGACGGCGGCGACGAUUCAGUCCUUUGCCCGCAAUCUCUUUACAUCCGACGAAGAGGCCAUCGUCCCUGCUCCCCGACGACGUCGUGCCCAGAUGGACGCGGCAGCCACCGGAGAGUGUUUCACAUCCGGCGUCGUCGGCAACCCGAUCGAGAUUUUCACAGACUCUCAGGACCGCAUCCCGGAGAAGGAUAAGAGCGAAGAAAACCCUUUCUUCAACGUUGCAGCCGAUGCCGAGCCGGUCAAACGAAAGGGCAAGCGCAGGAUGGUCGUCAUUCCAGGCGAAGGAGCUCAGUCGGUGGACAAGGCCUCCCGCCGCGAGGACGGAAUGAUUUACGUAUUUCGUGGCAAGAAAUUCUUCCGCAAGUUCUCCGAGUGCGAGGAGGCUCAGGCGGAGGGAGAGCUGGACACUUCUCGAAUUGGUGUCGAACCUGAACUCACCCGACCCCUCACUCGCUCGUCCGUUAGGCCUCGGCUGUUGUUCCCGGCAAGGAAGCCGGACGAAACCAACGACGAUGAGGAGGCGGUGACGGACGUCGAGGACGACUACAUGUCGGAUGCAGCAGCUGCCAACCCUCAGACACCCAAGAAGACGGAUUCAACACCUGCCAAGACUCCGGAGGCACCUCGAUAUGCUCCAGUCUCCCCGCCAGACACUAGGCGGACAACGCGCUCGACCAACAAGCUGGCCAACGCCGGGACUCCGAUGAAGGCGUCCGAGCGGCGAAGCCCAUUCGACGCUUGGCCGCGAACCAAGGGGGAGCACAAGACCUCGUCAACACCCAAGCGACCCGGCGACGGUCUCGCCGCAGCCGCCCCGAAGCGGACCCGUGCGUAG